UGUCUGCGUUGGGGGUGGUGCACAUACCUGUGGGUGGAGGUUUGUCUGGGAACAUUCCCGUCUGAGGGUGAUUGUGUCUCUGAGAGUGUGCCGAGCCUCUGAGAAUGUGACUGUCUCUAAAUGUAGGUUUGCCGUUGUGUUCCUGCAAAUGAUGUGUGUGUGUGGUUGUGGGUAUGAUGCGAGCAUUUGCUUAUGGGUUUCUCAGGGUAUGUUUGUGUCCAAGGCCACAUGGUAUUUGUGUUUGUCUGAAAGUGUGCCCGUGGGUGUGUGGAGUGUGUGCAGCAUAUCUGGGUGUGUGUCCCCAGGUGUGUGUCUCCGUGUCUGGGUGUGAGUCUGUGUUCUUGGGACGGCUGUGCCUGAAGGCGUUCCUAUCUCCGUGUACUCAGCUGUAUACCUGCGAAAGGGCUGGACUUCGGAGUUGUGACUGUGUGGUGUGUGUUAGUGCGUGUGUUGGUAUAGAAGGUGCAUCUCGGUGUGUGUGAGUGUGUGGACUGUCUGGGCGUGUGUCUUUGUCUCUGGGUGUGUCCCUGGAAGGGACGCGUCCUGUCGGGGAUGUGCGUGCCUCCCUGCCUUUCCCCGGCAGCCCCACCUGGGUCCUGGCUCAGGCCCGUGGGUUCCGAUGCCCCUUUAACGCCCCCCCCCCACCCCCGGCACCACCUGACGUCGCAUGCAGCCUGCCAGUGCUGCAGUGAGCACGCACACGCACACACACAGGCGCGCACACGGAGCCCAGAGCCUCCGAAGCCACCUCCCGGGACCCUCGCCCUGCCCCCCCAUGGGCAGGGGUCCCAGGCCACCUCCAGCUACUGCCGCGGGGGGGCCCAUCAGGGCCAGGGGCUGGCAGACCAUGUAACCAGGGCUGCUAUCGGGAGCGCGGAGGGGAGGGGAGCCCCCAGCCCCGCUGGGCCGGCCCAGGCCCCUCCGCGGCUCCCCCUUGCACUGCCCACCUGCCCUGACCCCCCCCCCCCCCCACCAAACCCACAGUGGCUGUUAACCCCGGGACUCCCCAAGCCCAGCCUCUGUGUGCGGCAGCCCCGAGCGGGGCUAAGAUUUCAAGAUGCCCUUGGUGGAUUUCUUCUGUGAGACCUGCUCCAAGCCGUGGCUGGUGGGCUGGUGGGACCAGUUCAAGAGGAUGUUAAACCGUGAACUCACACAUCUGUCAGAGAUGAGCAGGUCAGGAAACCAGGUCUCUGAGUACAUCUCCACCACAUUCCUGGACAAGCAGAAUGAAGUGGAGAUUCCAUCACCCACGAUGAAGGAUCGAGAAAAACAGCCAGCUCCCCGCCAGAGACCUUCCCAGCAGCCCCCGCCCCCUGGGCCGCAAUUCCAGCCCAUGUCUCAGAUCACGGGGGUGAAGAAGCUGAUGCAUAGCAGCAGCCUGAGUGACUCUAGCAUCCCCCGCUUUGGGGUGAAGACCAACCAAGAAGAGCUCCUGGCCCAAGAACUGGAGAACCUGAACAAGUGGGGUCUGAACAUCUUCUGCGUAUCCGAAUACGCCGGAGGCCGUUCCCUCAGCUGCAUCAUGUACACGAUAUUUCAGGAGCGUGACCUGCUGAAGAAAUUCCGCAUCCCAGUGGACACCAUGGUGACAUAUAUGCUGACCCUGGAGGACCACUACCACCCCGACGUGGCCUACCACAACAGCCUGCACGCGGCCGAUGUGCUGCAGUCCACCCACGUGCUGCUGGCCACACCCGCGCUAGAUGCUGUGUUCACGGACCUGGAGAUUCUUGCCGCCCUCUUCGCGGCCGCUAUUCAUGACGUAGACCACCCUGGGGUCUCCAACCAGUUCCUCAUCAACACUAAUUCGGAGCUGGCGCUCAUGUACAACGAUGAGUCGGUGCUGGAGAACCACCACCUGGCCGUGGGCUUCAAGCUGCUGCAGGAAGACAACUGCGAUAUCUUCCAGAACCUCAGCAAGCGCCAGCGGCAGAGCCUGCGCAAGAUGGUCAUCGACAUGGUGCUGGCCACGGACAUGUCCAAACACAUGACCCUCCUGGCAGACCUGAAGACCAUGGUGGAGACCAAGAAGGUGACCAGCUCGGGGGUCCUCCUGCUGGACAACUACUCCGACCGCAUCCAGGUCCUUCGGAACAUGGUGCACUGUGCAGACCUCAGCAACCCCACCAAGCCACUCGAGUUGUACCGCCAGUGGACCGACCGCAUUAUGGCCGAGUUCUUCCAGCAGGGGGACCGUGAACGUGAGCGGGGCAUGGAGAUCAGCCCCAUGUGCGACAAGCACACAGCCUCGGUGGAGAAGUCUCAGGUGGGUUUCAUCGACUAUAUCGUGCACCCGCUGUGGGAGACGUGGGCUGACCUGGUCCACCCGGACGCCCAGGAGAUCCUGGACACGUUAGAGGACAACAGAGACUGGUACUACAGCGCCAUUCGCCAGAGCCCAUCACCGCCGCCUGAGGAGGAGCCCAGGGGGCCAGGCCACCCACCCCCACCUGAUAAGUUCCAGUUUGAGCUGACGCUGGAAGAGGAAGAUGAGGAGGAGGUGUCUACCGCCCCGGGUGCAUUUACGGUGCAGGGAUUGUCCGUGGCUCAGGAUGCGUCCCCAGCUGAGGAACUCUUGGAGGUCGAUGGCCAGGAUAUGCCCACGGAGGUGAAGGUACAGGAACCUUGCUGCACGCAGCAAGCAGACUCGGCCGGUAGUGUGGCUGCGGGCAAGGACAAGGCCACGUCCCCAGACGCAUCCGUGGAUGCCGUAGGCCGCAGCAGCCCCCUGGCCCUGUCUGCCGGGAGCCCCCUUCCGCCCGCCUUGAGGACCCCGCCCCCUCCAGAGGACACCCCGGGCCUCCCGGGCCUCCCCUCCACGGCGGCCGAGGUGGGGGCCCAAAAAGAACAUCAGGCUGCCAAGAGGGCGUGCAGUGCCUGCACAGGAACGUCCGGCGAGGACCCCCCCCCACUCCCAGCUCCUGGGGGGUGGGGGUCAGCUGGAGGCCCUACCUGAACCCCGGCCCCGACACCCUCCUGCUCUCCCUGGCUCCCUUCACCACCAUUACCCCACGACCGCCUCCUCCACUGCCUCAAAGACUCUUGGGCCUCCAGAGAAAAAAGAAAACAGAAAAGUGGGGUUUUUUCUCUUUUCUUUUUUUCCUCUUUCCCCCCACCCCCACCCACGGGGCCUCUUUUUGGAGGUGGGGGCUGGGGAACAAGGGGCGGAGGUCCCGGAAGGGAUUUUAUUUUUGGAAUUUUAAUUGUUACAUUUUUAGAAAAAGAAAAAAAAAAAAAAAACAGGAUGAAACACAGCAACUGUAGAUCUCCUGUUCCCGACUACCCCUUGUGUCCCAUCUCCUGCCACCUCCCCCUGCCCCAGGCCCCAGGCUCAGUCUUCCGGCCUCCUAGGGCUCUUGGCCUGGGCCCAAGCAGGCAUAACGCCUCCCUUUGGGGCUUUUCUUCUGAAUUUUGGAGGGUCUCCGGAACCCAACCAGGAAUAGCCAUUCCGGGCGGGGGACUCAGGGGGGGCUGCCACCGUGGGAGGCCCCAGCUCCAGCCCCUCUCUGGCGCACUCCCCCCCCCCCCCCCAGAAGUCUCCUGCCUCAUUUUGCACAAACCUGGCAAUACUAACCCGAGGGAUAGGGACCUGGAGAGGGGAGCUGCGUGCUUUAAGAUGUAGCAGAGGCGGGUAUUGGAGGGACAUUCACACCACCAACCUGGGGUCUGAGGUUUGAGGAGGGCCUGAUUCCCGCCCCCCGCCCCUCCACCUGCCACCCUCUUCCCCUUCCACUUUGGGUUCCGUUUGAAUUUUCUCCAUUGGGGUGGGGGGGGGAUGGCUCCAAACCACACCCCUCCUUCCAGCUGCUUCUCCUCUUGUUUCUGCCUUAAUGAUUCCCAUGGCCAUAGGAGAGGGGUUCGCAGUGGCCCCCAUCCUGGGCAUCCCCCCAGCAUCCUCCUGACCCCCUUCACGACCCUUUGCCCUAGGAGGAAGCAAUAACAAUGUACACCCACAUCCCCUUUCUGGGCAACCCUCUCCCACCCUGGCACCAAAGUCCUUUCUAUUCUGUCCCUAUCUGGCCACGCCCCCCCCCCCCCCCCCCCCCCCCCGCCACACCCCUGAGCUAUUCCUGCAGCAAUAUGACAGACAGAUGCAAGGCCAUUUUUCUCCAAGCCAUGGGGGACUGUUUGGAAGGAAAGACCCCCUCUUCCCCCCUCCUUUCUGCCCUUUGGCCCAGUUCUGCAGCUGGGCAAGGCAGGGCCUCUCUCUCCUCCCCCCCCCCCCCCCACUCUGAGCACACGGUACUGUAGCCCCCCCGGCUGCCCCAGCCUUCCAUCUGUCUGUCCAUCCCUGUGGGGAGUACCACCUGCUCCCACCCCCGUGAUGCUGUACAGGGUUCAUUUUUGUAGCGAAAGUAGUUUCUGUCCCAGCCAGUGACUGGAGUGGGACUUCUUUGGGUUUUCUUUCAUUUUUUUUUCUUCUUUCUCUCUCUCUUUUUUUUUUUUUUUUCUUUUUUUUUGUACAUACUGUAAGGUUGGUUUGUAAAUUAUUCUACAGAGGCAAAAAGGGAAAAUACACUUGCCCUUCCCCAGCUGACCCAGCCAGGGGAAGGAGGAGGGGUGGGGGUCUCCCAGAGAGAGAGUCCCCAUUCCCACUGUAUUAUACAAACUGUACCAUAGACCCCGCAAGGGUGGGUUCAGUGCUGCCGUUUGAUGGGAAGUCGUGUCAUCUUGGGGGUGAGGGCUGAGCAGAGCCUGCCCCUUGCCCUGUCCCUGGGUGUGACUGGUGAGAUGGGACCCCACCCCCAGUCAGGGCUCCUCUCCCCAGCGGGGGGGUGCAGGGCCCCCUCAGCCACUCUUGUGUUGUCCCCUCUGACGAUCAAUCAGUCGGUCCGUUGAUCGAUAAUCAAUCCUUCGAUCUCGUCUCCAAUUAAACCGAGGAUUUCACUGAU